AUGGCUGAUAACAACUUGAUCGACCGGCUUGCCCUCAUUACAGGAGCUUCUGGGGGAAUAGGAUCAGCUUGCGCUCGUGCAUUUGCAGCAGAAGGUGUUCACCUCGCACUUACCUAUUCCACCUCCAAGGAUGCAAUUGAUAGGCUCGUAAACGAUUUACGUCAAACGUCAUCUGGGAAAGAUCUUCGCAUCUCAAUUCAUCAAGUCGAUAUGGGGUUUCCAGAACAGAUCUCUGGUCUCUUCGAAGAAAUCAAACGUGAUCACAAUGGACGUGCUGUGGAUAUCUUGAUAUCAAAUGCGGGGUAUGGUAAGAGAAUAGUGGAUAUCUCUGAUAUUACGUUGGAGGAAUUUGAAUAUACGCUCAAUAUUAACUUGAAGGCUUCGUUUUUGUUGGUUAAAGGUGUUGUGGAGGGAAUGAAGGAGCAGAAAUGGGGAAGGAUCAUAUUUAUUUCAAGUAUAGCUGCUUAUGGAGCUGGACUUAAUGGUUGUCAUUACGCUGCGUCAAAAGGGGGUCUCACAUCUAUGAUGAAGAAUCUAUCACUCCAUCUCGCCGAGUACAAGAUUACAGUCAAUGAUGUUGCGCCGGCGAUGAUUGGCAAUACAGGCAUGAUCCCAAAUGCUGAUGUUGCCCCUGGUCUACUUGAUGCGAUUCCACUGCAUCGAUUGGGUACCCCAGAAGAGUGUUCCAAUGCAGUUAUGAUGUUUGCGAAGACUGGAUAUGCGACUGCAACUAUGAGUAUUCCGGCACUUCUCCAAAAGUAUAUUCCUGACCUCAGCCCGUAUGAAACAAUCUACAAACAUCUCCAUCAAAAUCCCGGAUUAUCACUCCAAGAGCACCUAGCCGCUGAAACUGCAGCCACACAUCUUCGGAACCUCCCUGGUUUUGAUGUCCGUACAAGCAUUGGCGGCACAGGUCUUAUUGGUAUUCUGAAGAACUCGUCUGGACCUACAGCUCUUCUCCGUGCUGAUAUCGAUGCAUUGCCAGUUAAAGAGUUGACUGGUUUACCAUAUGCUAGCGUAAAAAGAGAAGUCGAUGUCGAAGAUGGCAUCGAAAAAACGUAA